AUGAGCGGACAGAAUGGUCAGCGGCCUGUAUUAGGAGAGAAUGUAUGGUUGGCGUCACUAAAAGCCGGAGCUUUGAGCGGCUCUGCUGGCCUCGUUUAUGGAGGCAUCUCCGGUGUCAUAAGGUCUCCUCAUCCUGUAAUCCAUUCGAUUUCUUGCGGUAUCCACUGGUUUGCAUGUGGAACUUCCUUCUGGUGGCUAAGGAGUAACAUCCUAAGUCUCCACUAUGAGGAUAGGGCCACCCCAAAACAGAGAGCCUAUGUCAGCGCUGUCUCUGGUGGCAUCGCUGGCGGCGCCGUGACUAGAUUAAUGGGUGGUCGUCUCAUCCCAGGAGUUGUCGUAUUCUCGCUGCUCGGCUACCUGGGACAGAGAUCUUACAAUGCUAUUGACUCAUGGCAGAUGGAACAUGCAAAUACGCCAUCGAAGCCAAUUCUGCAACGAUUAGCAGAUUCCAAAUGGAUUCCACUCAAGACCCUUUCUGAUGACGAAUACAGGGGCAUCCUGAGUGAGAAACUGCUCAGCAUUGAGGCUGAGAUAGCUAUCAUCGACGAAAAGAUCGAGGAGCUUGAGAGAGCCAAAGCAAACAGACAGAAUAUGACGGGACUGGAUCCUUCAUCAACUAGAUGA